GAAAGCUCUCACUCUGGAGGGAGGAAAGUGACGAGCGAGGGUCGACGAGGGUUCCCCUAAACCUCCGUAUUUACUAAAGCCAGGGGUCUACCCCAAAACACGGUACCGUCCCCUAACGCGGACAGCCAACGAACACUUUCCUCUACCUCAAGUAAUAAAUGCCAAGAGAAACCGGAGCGCCACCAGAAAAGGAUCGAAGCCCAGAAUCGAAAAGGAACGCAAACAGUCGGACAGCAAAAGCAAGAAAAAGCGCACGGAUCGUCGCCGUGGCACUUCUCAAUGCAUACCCUUUGUGCUCGGGAACGAUGAAGCCAGAAAUAAGCGCCGCCGUCGGAUUUCUGUCGAGAUUUCUGAGGGUAAAAGGACACAUAAACGACCGACAGGUCCAGACGUUCAACCAAAGCUUACAAGACAUUCUGUCAGAACAUUAUAAGCACCACUGGUUCCCAGACAGGCCCUGCAAGGGCUCAGGUUACCGCUGCAUACGCAUCAACCACAAGAUGGAUCCACUGGUGUGGCAGGCGGGCCAGCGCAUCGGCCUGACCAUCCAGCAACUCUACCUGCUUCUGCCCACUGAGCUCACACUCUGGGUGGACCCAUUCGAAGUGUCCUACCGCAUCGGAGAGGACGGCUCCAUCUGCGUCCUGUACGAGUCGCAGCCUGUCCCUGUUGGAAUGCCACUGUCUGCCAACGCCAGCUCCGCCUUAGGGAAUGGGUCUGUGAGCUCAAUGGUGGACACUCACCUCAGCUGCAAGGAGGAAAUGAGGGUUCUGGGGAGAACCAGUCCCUCCAAAGCCUACAAUAAUAUGAUGACUGUGUCCGGUUAAAGUGGCACACUGUCACCCCAGCCUACUUUUGUUCAGGGUUACACGGUGGCUGGUCAGAUCUUGGUGAGCCUUUUUAAAGCUAAGAAUAUGAAAUGAAUUAGUGAAAGAAGAAAAGAAUGCAAAAGAAAAAAUAAACAGGGGAUGCGGCCUAUCAUCCAGGUGAUGGAAACCUUGUAGGUUUGAUAUUUUUUUUACCUUUUCUCCCGUUUAACAUCUGUUGUGUUGUCUUUGGAUCAGCUGGGCACUCCGUUUUUUUUUUUUUUUUUUUUAGAAGACGUUUUGUGGAAACAAAAUAGGUUUGGGCAGCUAAACCAACCAACCCACCAGGAACCCCCAGACUGGCUCUAAACAUCCAUUGUCACCCACUCAACUAAACAUCCUUGAGACUGGCUCCAUCUCUGAAGGGGCUAUCAGCAUUGACUUUGCACUUUUCUUAUGUUUGGGUAUUAUGGGUACAUGUUCAACACACCAAUGGAGAACAACACAAAAAUCCCACCAAAACCUUAAUUUUAAAGAUUUAAUUUCACAACGUUCAAUGGGGGAAGCUGAGGUUAAGACCAUGCUCAUAGCCUGGAGUAAAUAAACACCCAAGAGGGCAUCUCUAUUUUUCUAUAAACACCCUGUUUGGACCAUGAGGAUUCUGUUCUCUUCACCCUGAAGCUACUGCAACCAAGGCUUGUGGUCUUGGCCUCUCUUCCUCCCAAUCCCAUCAUCAGAAUUGAGUUUCAAUCCGACCAGAUGUCGACCUGUAUGCAAGUGAAAGUGUUGCGACACAUGUUACCUAGGGAUACACAGGCAUUGUGGCUCAUAGCACUGUCGCCCUCCCCCUCACCCAUGUUUGUAGCUUUCUUGGGAAGUUUCCUCUGAUUUGAUGAAUUACGCUCACAAUCAAGUUCCUGUGUUGACAUUUUGUCCCCUUUAUUUCACCACGUUUUCACGUCCAGCCUGCAUUACCAUAAUGAAGAGUGUAGCAAUGGGAGGGGAGGGGGGGUUUAUUCCCAAACUUUGGUAACGUGGCCCAGUUGGUUGCAACUGAAUGCACUUUGAUGUGAACUUGUGAGGGAUGUGACGUGUAACUUUUACUUUGAGAAACUAGCCUGCAUUCCAUCCAUUCGCAUGUCAUCUCCUCACGCGGUUCUAGCAGAUCCAGCUGUUGGUUCAUACUGUAGCUCCAGUGUUUGUUCAACCGGGUGUGUGCAACGCCUGACUUCCGAAAGAAACCCGCCCAGGACUAAAAGGAAACAUUUCAGAGAGCUGUCUUUUAUUGGGUUGAAGAGUUUUCUUGGUUCUACGCUGGGCACAUCUGUUCUCUCAUUCAUGAGGCACUGAGGACUCUGGUGAAAGUCCAUAAUGCUUUACUAAAUUUUAGGUGCUAAUUUGACAAAGAGGGGAAAUGCAAGGCUUUUGUCCAAAUGGAGGUCAGAAAUCUUUAGAGUACCCUAAAGCCCUACGACUAAAGAUCUUUAAAUUGAAAGUAUACCGCCUUAUGGAGACUUUUUCUUGAAUUCUGAUGCUUAGCAGGCACCAUGCCUUUGCGGUCCUUCCUGGUAGAACUGUGCUGCUUGGAUCUGCUGGUUUUUAUAGCUUUUAAAUACCUACAACCCAAUUUAGCUGGAGUGGAGGGGUCGGUGCUCAAGUGCCACAUAUCACCUCUUAGACCUCCUGUUUAACCAAAAGCAAGCCAGCAUGCUGCUGGCUGACCCUUUGUGGAUGCAAGCAGACCUAAUGUGACACAUAUCACCAUUCGUCAUCGCUGGGAGCUGGGUAAGGACGGUUGAGGUGGGGAGCUGGUGUGAGAGAGAAAGGGGGGCCAGGGCCAGACUCUUUUGUCCAGGGCAGCUAAAAUCCCUCUUGCCCCCCCUCCUCUGGACUUCCUCAACACCUCCUGCCCCAACCAGAAGCCCUCGACCCUCCCUCAGCAAUGAUGGAUAACCAGCACACGCUCUCUGCGUGCUCAUUAGGGGCGGUUAUAGUAAGAGCAGAGGAAACGUGGAUUCAGGAUGAAGAGUUGAGGGUACUGGGCCAUUGUUUCAUCUCACUGGACUGUGCUGCGCUUGGAUCACUGAGUGAGUAGCAACUUUGUUUACAUGCAUGUGACAGGGCGUGGCAGCUGUUUUGUGUAUCUGCACCUCGUUCAUGUUCGUGGGGUUGAGGGGCUGCAUGAUGGGACAGAUGCUGAAACAGCUUCGGGUGUUCUUCAGGCCUUAGUAGACGGUCAAAUCGGUCGCAGAUGGCUGGGCUCGCCGCUCACCAUACCUGUGGGUGUUUAAGCUCCUGUGCCUAAGAGGAUCGUGGGUGAUAUAGCUAUAGCCUUUGAUGCACUGCUACCCCCCCUUCCCUCUGUUUCUCUGCUGAUACUCCAGCAAUCUGUGAAAAGCAGUGAUUCCAUGAUGGCCAGAUGAUUGGGAGCACAGAGCUGUGGUUUCCAUGGUGGACACCAGUUUUUUUUUCAAACUGCGCUGCUCCAUUUUUGCUAUUUAAUGUCACGCAACAAGACGUUUUGAGAUUGGUCUAUAUUUCAGACACGAGAUGAUCGUCUCGUCUCCACGUGCAUUUUUGACUCACACUGGUAAAUGUUCUUGUCCUGAAUGUUCUCCGGCGUCCUCUUUCUUCAGAGGGCUUUUAGUCUUGUGAUCCAACUCACUUUUAACAGAUACUCAUUUUGGAGCUCCCUUUAGCACCCUCAGCUACCACCACCCAAACUUUUUUUUCAACACUUAAAUGGCAUCCAUUCAUUGCACACAAAGGUUACAAACAUGAGGGCGAUUUGAAUAUACGGAAGUAAAAAUAGCACAUAAAUGCACUAAAUGUCAAAUUGAAGUUGUGUGACUAUUUUCUUUUUCGAGACGCGAGGAGUCUCUCCUGGAAUGUACUGCCAAACUCAGGCCUCAUACAUUUAAUACUCUUAUGGAAAAGUUCUGCAUGUUAAGAUAUGAAACCGGAAGGGAACAGCAGUUAGUUUUAUUCGUCAAUAUUGUCAUUGAUCGGUUGGAUUAUUGCCACUUUCGCAUUUGAGGUGUUUUACAUAUUGUAGAAUGUAUUGUAACUGUACAACAAAUGGUGGAGUGCAUAACAUUACACUUGGGAAGUGCCAAUAAUCUUAAAGUGUGUUUUAAACGUUUUGUUUCUCAGUUUUGUAUUUCAUCUUUUAACACGGAGAGCAUUUUUCAUAAGCAAAGCCAUUUGUGACAGGAGUGCUGGCAAGGACCAAAGUUGAUUUGGUAUUAAAAAAAAUCUUCGUUUCCAUGAUCUGUAAGUAGAGACGUAUCCUGUUUUUAAUUUCUUUUGUUGUUUUAUUUCUUUAUUUUUUCUUUCUUUUCUGUAUUUUUCCCCUUUUAUCUUAUUUACAUACAAAACAGGAAAAGAGACAAAAAAAAUCUGAGCUCACCCAAGAAGAAAGCUGUAAUCUUGUGAUUUCAUGCCAUCUUUAUCUGUUCAGUUUAGUUUUCUUGGGUUUGUUAUGAACUGCUGUAAAUUUGUACAGUUCAUGUAAAUUGAUUGUGCGGAAGUUGUACAGAUUUCUAUAUUUUGGAAGACGUUUUUUUUUUCUCUGUAAUAAAAGAUUUCCUAUCUUGGCAUCAUAA